AACUUUAAUCACACUUUGGAGUGAGCUUCAGAGGGUUGUCAAAAGGUACCAGGAUGGCGACAGCUAAGGUGGUUUUGGUGUUUCUCCUUGUCAAGAUGAUGAUUGCCUCAUCAGCGCAAGAACAGUUGGGAAUGCAAGAUGGACGGAUCACGGACGCACAGAUCACGGCUAGUAGCUGUUAUGAAGAAAAUUACUGCCCAGACCGCGCAAGACUCAACCAGCUAAGGGAUGGUGUAAAGUCGGGCGCAUGGAGUGCACGAACACUCAACCAGGACCAGUUCAUCCAAGCAGACUUGAGGCAGUUGCAUGAGGUCUCUGGGGUCAUGACCCAAGGUCGCAAUGUGCAAUACUCACAGUGGGUGACCUCAUUCAGGGUGCUGUACAGUAUUGAUGGACUAACCUGGACUGCUGUACAGAAUGCUAUUAUGGCUGGCAGUAAGGUCUUCACUGGAAAUACGGACAUGGAAACCGUUGUUACAAAUGACUUUUCUCCUACCGUUGUAGCUCGGUUUAUCAGGAUUCAACCUCUGACAUGGAGGAGACACAUCAGUAUGAGAUUUGAAAUUCUUGGCACUGUUGCAUCAAAGAUUGAAGGGCUCCAGAAAUCUUUGGGUAUGAAAGAUCAGCAAAUUCCUGAUAGUGCCAUCACAGCCUCAACCCAGUACGAUGGUAACCACGGACCAGAACGAUCACGUCUGGACACUGUCGCUAGUGGUGUUGGAGGCGGGGCGUGGUCAGCACUCACUAACGAUGUCAACCAGUGGUUGCAGGUGGAUCUCAACAGCUUCUACAUCUUAACUGGAGUUAUCACACAGGGUCGACAAGAUGCUGACCAAUGGGUCACCGCUUUCAAGGUGUCCUACAGUGAUGAUGGCACAAACUGGAAAAUCAUCCAGACUUGUGAUGGAUGUGAUGGAUAUGAUAAGGUAGUGUUCAAUGGAAACAUUGAUAACAACAGUAAGAUAACAACUGCGUUUGGUCGACCAAUUGUUGGCCGUUUCCUACGCAUUCAUCCCACCACUUGGAAUAGUCAUAUCAGUAUGAGAUUGGAAAUUCUUGGAAAAGGACCGGUGGCAAGUAAUCGUUUUGAGCCAAUGAAACUUGGAAUGGAAGAUGGCCACAUUGCAGACAGCCAGCUCUCUGCAAGCACAUGUUAUGAUACGAAUUCCUGCGCCGACAGGGCAAGGCUCAAUCAAGUAGCAAGUGGUGAAAAGACGGGUGCUUGGACUGCACAAACCAACGACAACUCUCAAUGGAUUCAGGUGGACCUUCUUUCUGACUUUGAACUCAGUGGGAUUGUGAUUCAGGGAAGAUCAGAUACAGAUGAAUGGGUGACUAGUUUCAGGUUUCAGUACAGACCAGAUGGACAGGCAGCGUUGAUAGAUGUAGUGGAUGACAAUGGAGCUAAUGUGACCUACACAGGGAAUAGCGACAGAGAUAGUCCAGAGACCAACAUGCUUCCUCUCCCAGUCGCAGCUCGUUACGUCCGUAUCCUUCCUCAAACCUGGAAUAAUCGCAUUAGCAUGCGAUUUGAGCUGCUUGGAAUAAGGCCCACCAAUGUUUCUUCUGUCCCCGGAAAGAUUGGCAUAGAAGAUGGUCGCGUAGAUACUACCAGUCUCUCUGCGUCAUCUUGUCACGACAACUAUCACUGCGUCGCUCGCUCUAGACUCAAUCAACCACAAGAGGGCGUUCUAAUGGGAGCCUGGUCAGCAUCCACGAAUGAUGUGAACCAGUGGAUACAAGUUGACCUCCGGGCUGCAUUUGAGGUCACCGGAGUCAUUACACAAGGCAGAAAGAGCUCUAUCUUUCGCCAGUGGGUCACGUCUUAUCAAAUCUCCUACAGCAUCGAUGGCAAGGACUGGACCUUGGUGAAAAACUGUGAUGGAGGACCAAAGAUCUUUCCUGGUAAUUCUGAUGGAGAUAGCCUAAUUGAAAAUGGAAUCAGCCCACCUGUGGCAGCUAGGUUCAUCCGUCUCCAUCCUGUAACUUGGUACAGCCACAUCAGCUUGAGAUGGGAACUCAUUGGACAGGGUCCUGUUACAUUGACAGGUUUGUCUGAAAAGCUUGGACUCGAGGACUACCGCAUCCCUGAUGGAGCCAUGACAGCUUCUACGCAGUACGAUUCCAACACUGGCCCACGUCGAGCUCGGUUAAAUCUUCCAGUGACCGGAGUUCUUAAAGGCGGCUGGUCUGCACUCGCCCUGGACCAAAGUCAGUGGCUUCAAGUAGACUUGAGGGGGACCUAUCGUGUAACGGGAAUCAUCACCCAAGGGCGGGCUGAUGCUAACGAGUGGGUCACCAGCUAUAAUGUGGCUCAUAGCUUGAAUGGAAUUAACUUCAACAUCAUUCAAAUUGCUGCCUCUCAGCAAGAAAAGUACUCUUCGUACUUGACGUUUCUUCGGGCCUUCACUGGAAAUAGUGACCGAACCACCCAAGUGACCAACUACUUUUCCCCUCCAUUGACUACUCGUUUCAUCCGAGUACUACCCACUAUGUGGUUUGGACACAUCAGCCUGCGUAUGGAACUCCUUGGAGCUGGACCUGUUGCAGCCAUCUUGAAGGACCAUGUCCCUCUGGGCCUAGAGAGUAAUGUCAUCCCAGAUUCAAGUCUGACAGCUUCCAGUGAGUUUAAUGCUGACCAAGGUGCAAAGAGAGGUCGUCUUAACCUGGCCCGAGUCGGGAGCCUGCGUGGAGCCUGGUCUGCACUAGUAAACAAUGCCAACCAGUGGAUCCAGGUGGAUCUUUUGGAUCCUUACCGUAUCAUAUCAGUUGCAACUCAAGGGCGUCAAGAUGAAAGCCAGUGGAUAACAAGCUACAAGCUGGCUUGUAGUACUGAUGGCACGACCUUUGACACCGUGCAGGGCAUCUGUACAAACCCUGGAGCUGACAGGAUCUUCACCGGUAAUGUUGACCGCAACACCAUCGUGACCAGCACUCUGCCCGUGCCUCAGGUCUGCCGCUAUGUCCGCUUGAUGCCUGUCAGCUGGUCCGGCCAAAUCAGUCUUCGUAUGGAGAUCUACGGAGAAGGCCCUCUCACAGUGUGAAUGGUCCCCAUAGCAGACCUGAUCAGAAGACUCAAUUGAUGGAAUUAUACCUGACGAUGGAUAUCAUUAGCAAUUUCAUUCAUUAAUUAAAUGGAUACAGUAAGAUGUAGAAUUUUUCUGAACUUCAAUCUAUUCUUUCAAGGGUUUUAUUGGGAUAUGUAUUGUUUUCCAGCAUAAUUUGUAUGUCAUUUCUGUAAAGGUAGUCUAGUACAUUAAUGACAUCCGGGUCCUUAUAUUGUUCUCAACAUAUAGUUUGUUUAAUCAUGUCUUACAUUGUACUACCCUUAUAUAACUUUUAUUAUUGUAAUAUGUUUUGUAUUGUAUUAUGCUAUUAUUGCAAAUUAUGUCCUGAAGUAUGUUAAACUUUAACUUAUGUGUAUUUUA